AUGGCAGCACCAGAAAACUGUGCCAAGCCAGAUGACUCGCAGGGCCCCACACAGGCCAAAUCAACCCAGGGGACUGAACCAGCAGAAAUGGAGCAAGCUCCGACAUACACACAACACAAGUCUUCCCCAGUCACCAAACAGAACUUUCACAACCUAGUGGUGGAGAUCAAAAAUUUACUGGUGGCUGAUAUGGCGAUCUUCAAUACCGACAUACAGGCAGUCACAUAUAGGGUCAAGUCCUAG